ACUGAUAUUACAGAAGUAUUUGUGGAAGACUACCAGGUUGUAUCUUGCCAGACACUGUAUCUUCAGUACUUCAAAAAAGGCAACAGCUGUUCUUCUUGUAAAUUUUUAACUAACUAUUACUAAUUAAAUAAUUAUGCUUUUGCAUGGCAGUUAAUUCUUUGAGGGUCUGUUUUCUAGUUCUACGACUUUUAAGCCAGGGCCUAAGCUGUAGUACUACAUCAUGAGCUCAGCUUACUCAGAUAAGCUGUGAGCAGUGAUUUGGGCCUAUAUAUGAGAGAAUGCAUCUAUGUGGUAAGUGUGUACCAUAUAAAACAAAUCCUGCUGCACACAGUGCAUAAUGAGAAAAAACUGCGACUAUGUUUUUGGAUUAAAACAGCAAAUUUUCAGUGUAUUUUCAUAUGAUUUUUAGUGGCACCUCACUGUUUCUUGGUGUCAUUUGAUAGAAUAGAAGAUGUAUUACAGAAAUUAUUUUGAUGGAUUUUAGUACUGAAAAUAGCUUGCAAUUAUUCUUCAGAAUAGUAGAAAUGUUCUGUUUUUGCCUAUGUUAGUGGGUGAACAAAUCACAUUUUGUGUCCAAUUCAUGUCAGCUGGUGGGUCUGAUGUGUGUUGCUGAGUGUGCUGAUAUUAUUUAUACAGUUAUUACAAUAUUGCAUAAAAAUCUUCUAUUUUUUGGUGUGAUUAAAAAAUCAAAAUGAAAUUUAUCUGUAAAACCUGGAAAUGUGACUAAUAAAUACAGAAAAUGUUAGUUUAGUGCCUGGAAUGCCUGCAUUGAUUAUUCUGGACAAUAUUUUGAAAUUGGAAUAUUUUGAACUUUGUGUAAAAUUGGCCAAAUUACCAAUUUCCAAUCACUUUAUUGGGAAGUUGAAAUAGUUGAUCUGGGCAAUUUUAUGUGCUCAGUAGAUAAAAUGGAACACAUACUAGAAAAUAGCGAAGAAUUUGGUCUAAUGGAAUAAUUUAAUUGCCAAAAACAGGAUUCAAAGUGGGCAAAAUUGCCAAUGUAUAAAUAUCUCUGACACAGCAAAAUUCGCAGGAGCGUAACUUUGUCAAUUCUUUAUCAAAUUUUGUACUUUUUAUUUUAUUACCUUUCAGAAAAAGAUUCUCUACAAUUUCAUGAGAAAUAAUAUUUUUUAGAUCCUGUGGGGAAUUAUCAGAUUUAGGGUCUGAACCCUCAAAGGGUUAGUAAAAGAAUACAAGUUAGUAAUUUUGUAAUUAAAAAUUUUCAGAAAAAUCUGUUUAAACACAAGAGCAAACAAUAAUAAUAAUAAUGUUGAGUGUAUCUGCAAAUUUCUCGUAUAUAUAUACAUUAAUCUUUUAACACAAAACAAAAAUUAUGAUAGUGUUUUAACACAAUGUAAACUUUAUUAGUGUUCAUAAGUAGGAAAAGUUUUGCCUAAAUAUAUCUUAACAUGGGAAUAUGUUCAUAAGGAAGACCAGGUGUUUAGUGUCCAAAAUAGUUAAAAAAAAAAUCUUGAAAUAGACAUGAGUACAUAAGGAAGAUUAACUAUACCACUGUUGUGUGACUAAAAUUUUUUAGAUGAAAUACCUUCAUUUAAAAAAUAUGGAAAAACGUAAAGAACAUAAACCAUAUCAAUGUUCAGAGUGUCUAAAAUGUUUUAGUGUAAAAACAAAUCUUAUGACACAUAUGAGAGUACAUACAGGAGAUAAACCAUAUCAAUGUUCAGAGUGUCUGAAAUGUUUUAGUGUAAAAUGCAGUCUUGUGAAUCAUACGAGAGUACAUACAGGAGAUAAACCAUAUCAAUGUUCUGAGUGUCUGAAAUGUUUUAGUCAAAAAAGCAGUCUUGUGUCACAUAUGAGAUUACAUACAGGAGAUAAACCAUAUCAAUGUUCAGAGUGUCUGAAAUGUUUUAGUAGAAAAGAUUAUCUUAUGACACACAUGAGUGAACAUACAGGAGAUAAACCAUAUCAAUGUUCAGAGUGUCUGAAAUGUUUUAAUGUAAAAUGCAGUCUUGUGUAUCAUAUGAGAGUACAUACAGGAGAUAAACCAUAUCAAUGUUCUGAGUGUCUGAAAUGUUUUAGUCAAAAAAGCAAUCUUGUGACACAUAAGAGAGUACAUACAGGAGAUAAACCAUAUCAAUGUUCUGAGUGUCUGAAAUGUUUUAGUGCAAAAAGAAAUCUUGUGACACAUAUGAUAGUGCAUACAGGAGAUAAACCAUAUCAAUGUUCUGAGUGUCUGAAAUGUUUUAGUGCAGAAAGAAAUCUUGUGACACAUAUGAGAGUACAUACACGAGAUAAAUCAUAUGAAUGUUCUGAGUGUCUGAAAUGUUUUAGUGAAAAAAGCAGUCUUGCGAAGCAUAUGAGAGUACAUACAGGAGAUAAACCAUAUCAGUGUUCAGAGUGUCUGAAAUGUUUUAGUGAAAAAAGCAAUGUUGUGACACAUAUGAUGAGAGUACAUACACGAGAUAAACCAUAUGAAUGUUCUGAGUGUCUGAAAUGUUUUAGUAUAAAAAGCAGUCUUGUGACACAUAUGAGAAUGCAUACAGGAGAUAACCCAUAUCAGUGUUCAGAGUGUCUGAAAUGUUUUAGUGAAAAAAGCAGUCUUGCGAAGCAUACGAGAGUACAUACAGGAGAUAAGCCAUAUCAAUGUUCUGAGUGUCUGAAAUGUUUUAGUGAAAAAAGCAGUCUUGUGCCACAUAUGAGAGUACAUACAGGAGAUAAACCACAUCAAUGUUCUGAGUGUCUGAAAUGUUUUAGUCAAAAAAGCAGUCUUGUGACACAUAUGAGAGUACAUACAGGAGAUAAACCAUAUCAAUGUUCUGAGUGUCUGAAAUGUUUUAGUCAAAAAAUCAGUCUUGUGACACAUAUGACAGUACAUACAGGAGAUAAGACAUAUCAAUGUUCUGAAUGUCUGAAAUGUUUUAGUCGAAAAAGCAGUCUUGUGACACACAUGAGAGUACAUACAGGAGAUAAACCAUAUCAAUGUUCUGAGUGUGAAAUGUUUUAGUCAAAAAUGCAGUCUUGUGACACAUGCAUGAGUACAUUCAGGAGAUAAAACUUGUUAGUGUUUAAAGUUUCAGAAAUAUUUUAGUUAUAAAUUCAUCAGAAUAUUUAAAAGGGAAGUACAGUGCCUGCACUCUGAAGGAGGGGUGUUAUUGUUGCAGUUUAAAAACUGUAGUGUAAAGCACCCUUCUGGCAAGACAGUGAUGGAGUGAAUGAUGGUGAAAGUUUUUCUUUUUCGGGCCACCCUGCCUUGGUGGGAAUCGGCCGGUGUGAUAAUAAAAAAAAUAAAAUUUAAAAGGGAUAUACCAUAAGUGUUGAGAGUGAAAUAUGUUAAUGAAAUGUUAGUCAUAUAAUUCUUAAAAGUUCAUAGAGGAGAUAAUUUGUAUUAAUGUUCAGAAUAUUUUAUAUGCAGUGGACCCCCGCAUAACGUUGGCAUCACAUAACGUUAAAUCCGCAUACCGAUACAUUUUAUCGCUAAAAUUUUGCCUUGCAUACCGCUAAAAAACUCGCUCAACGCUAUUCGUCCGAGACGCGUCUAAUGUGCGGCCUGAACCAGCCUCACAUGUUCUGCCUGUGGCAUUGUUUACCAGCCAGCCUCCGCCGUAACAUCCAAGCAUACAGUCGGAACAUUUCGUAUUAUUACAGCGUUUUUGGUGAUUUUAUCUGCAAAAUAAGUGACCAUGGGCCCCAAGAAAGCUUCUAGUGCCAACCCUACAGGAAUAAGGGUGAGAAUUACUAUAGAGAUGAAGAAAGAGAUCAUUGCUAAGUAUGAAAGUUGAGUACGUGUCUCCGAGCUGGCCUGGUUGUAUAGUAAACCCCAAUCAACCAUCACUACUAUUGUUUGCAAGAAAACGGCAAUCAAGGAAGCUGUUCUUGCCAAAGGUGCAACUGUGUUUUCGAAACAGAGAUUGCAAGUGAUAGAAGAUGUUGACUCUUAUUGGUGUGGAUACACGAAAAACAGAUAGCAGGAGAUAGCAUCUCUCAAGCGAUCAUAAGUGAAAAGGCUAGGAAGUUGCAUGAGGAUUUAAUUAGAAAAAUGCCUGCCACUAGUGAUGUGAGUGAAUUUAAGGCCAGUAAAGGUUGGUUUGAGAGAUUUAAGAAGCGUAGUGGCAUACAUAGUGUGAUAAGGCAUGGUGAGGCUGCCAGUUCGGACCACAAAGCAGCUGAAAAAUAUGUGCAGGAAUUCAAGGAGUACAUAGUGAAGGACUGAAACCUGAACAAGUGUUUAAUUGUGACAAAACAGGCCUGUUUUGGAAGAAAAUGCCAAGCAGGACCUACAUUUCUGAGGAGGAAAAGGCACUCCCAGGACAUAAGCCUAUGAAAGACAGGCUUACUCUUCUCAUGUGUGCCAAUGCUAGUGGUGAUUGCAAAGUGAAGCCUUUAUUAUUGUAUCACUCUGAAACUCCCAGAGCAUCCAGGCAAAAGAAUAUCCUCAAGGCUAAAUUGUGUGCUGUGGAGGGCAAACAGUAAGGCAUGGGUCACUAGGGACUUUUUCUAUGACUGGUUACACCAAGCAUUUGCCCCCAAUGUGAAAAAUUACCUAACUGAAAAGAAAUUAGACCUUAAGUGCCUCCUGGUGUUAGAUAAUGCCCCUGGUCAUCCUUCAGAUUUGGCAGAGUGACUUUGUGGGGACAUGAGCUUCAUUAAGGUCAAGUUUUUGCCUCCUAAUACCACUCCUCUCCCGCAGCCCAUGGACCAGCAUGUUAUUGCAAACUUCAAAAAACUGUACACAAAAGCUCUGUUUGAAAGGUGCUUUGUAGUGACCUCAGAAACUCAAUUGACUCUAAGAGAGUUUUGGAGAGAGCACUUUAAUAUCCUCAAUUGUGUAAACCUUACAGGUAAGGCUUGGGAGGGAGUGACUAGGAGGACCUUUAACUCUGCUUGGAAAAAACUGUGGCCACAAUGUGUAUACCAAAGGGAUUUUGAAGGGUUUGAGGCUAACCCUGGGAAUCCUAUGCCAUUUGAGGAAUCAAUUGUGGCAUUAGGGAAGUCAUUGGGGUUGGAGGUUAGUGGUGAGGAUGUGGAAGAGUUGGUGGAGGAGGACAAUGAAGAACUAACCACUGAUGAGCUGCUAGAUCAUCUUGAACAGCAAGAGGGCAGACCUGAGGAAACUGCUUCGGAGGAGGGGAGAGAGAAAUUGAAGAAGUUGCCUACUUCAAAGAUUAAGGAAAUCUGUGCAAUGUGGCUUAAAGUGCAAAUCUUUAUGGAUGAAAAUCGCUCUCAGACAGCUGUUGCAAGCCGUGCUGGUGAUUAUUACACUGACAACGUUGUGAACCACUUUAGGAAAGUCAUAAAGGAACGAGAGGUACAGACCUCUAUGGACAGAUAUGUUGUGUGACAGAAGUCCAGUGACUGAAGCUGGUCCUAGUGGCAUUAAAAGAAGGGAAGUAACCCCAGAAAAGGACUUGACACCUCAAGUCCUAAUGGAAGGGGAUUCCCCUUCUAAACACUAAGACCAUCAACACACUCCCCUCCUCCCAUCCCAUCAAUCAUCACCAGAUCUUCAAUAAAGGUAAGUGUCAUGUAACUGUGCAUGUCUUCUUCAGUUUGUGUGUAUUAAAAUUAAUGUUUCAUAUGGUAAAAAAAUUUUUUUUCAUAAUUUUGGGUGUCAGGAACUGAUUAAUUUGAUUUCCAUUACUUCUUACUGGGAAAAUUCAUUCGCAUAACGAUGAUUUCACAUAACAUUCAGCUCUCAGGAACGGAUUAAUAUCGUUAUGUGGGGGUCCACUGUAUUUUAUAAAAAGAGUAGUCUUGUGUAUUCACGAGAGCUAAUAUAGAGUAUCAAUCAAUCAAGUUUAUUCUCUAUAAGGAUUACAAUGCGGGGUUUACAGAUUUUGGAUAUUGUGUGGUUUACAUGUUUUAAGAUACUAAUUACAGAGGGGGCCACUAGGACACCUAGCAUGGCUAGGCAUUUUGGGCAGACUUAGAUUAAUUCUUAACUUUAAAUUAUUACAGAUUAUGGAAUUAAGGCUAAGGGACUACAUUAUAGUUUGUGAGUUUAGCAAUGUGCAUGCUUUUGUUUUGGCACAAUACAUAGUGUGUAUAUUGGAGUAUCAUAGGCAAACUUACGACUAGUUAGGAUUCAUUAUAUUAAGAUUAAGAUUCAUAUUUGUGUUUAUAAUCAAUGGGUGAGUGAGUGUAAGUGUGAACCACCAGAUGGUUUUCAUGUAGUUAGUUGAUGGGGUGUAUCAGGGAGAUAAGUUGCUUUCUAACUGUAGUUUUGAAAGUGACGAAUGUGUGUGUAGUUCUAGAGUUUUCAGAUAGGUUGUUGCAGAUUUUAGGCCUUUUGACACACAUUGAAUUUUUGUAAAGGUUUAGUCGGACACGGGAAAUUUCAUAGAGAAGUUUGUGUCUGGUGUUAUGCCUGUUAUGUUAGGUGUUUUAGGUCAAGGUUAAAAUUGGAAUUUAAGGUCUUGUAGAUAUAGAUUGCACAGUAGUAAGUGUGGAUGUUCUGAACAGGGAAUAAGUUUAGAUCUAUGAAGAGUAGGGGGGUGUGUUGCCAGGGAUGGGAUUUAGCAAUUAUUCUUACUGCGGCUUUUUGUUGGGUUAUUAUUGGCCUUAGGUGUGUUGCUGCAAUUGAUCCCCAAGCACAAAUAGCAUAGGUGAGGUAUGGAUAAAUGAGUGAAUAGUAUAGUGUGAGAAGGGCAGUUUGCGGCACGUAAUAUCUUGGAGAGGAUCCCCACCAUUUGGAUACUUUUUUUUGUUAUGUGUUGGAUAUGGGUGCUGAAAUUUAGGUUGUUGUUGAGGUAUAGACCUAGGAGUUUGCCCUCAUUAUGUCUGGCAAUUAGAGUGUUGUUGAUCUUAAUGUUAAGUUGCGCAACACCUGCUCUGCUACCAAACAUAAUGUAGUAGGUUUUGUCAGUGUUAAGUGUAAAUUUAUUGGCUGUCAUCCAAGUCACAAUUUUGAGCAGCUCCUCAUUCACAAUGGUGUUGAGGGUGGCAAGAUUAGGGUGGGAGAUGACGUAAGUCUUGUCGUCAGGAAAGAGAAUGAGUUUCAGGUGUUAGGAUACAUUUGGAAGAUCAUUAAUGUAAAUGAGUAAGAGCAGGGGACCAAGGACACUUCCCUGUGGAACUCCAGUAUCAAAUGGCCGUGUUGAUGAGGCUGUGUCUUUAAUGGUGACAUUCUGAUACCUAUUAGUAAGGUAGGAUUUGAAAUAUGCUAGCGCAUGGCCUCUUAUACCAUAAUGGUCAAGUUUGUGGAGUAGGAUGCCGUGGAAUACUGUCAAACGCUUUUCUUAGGUCAAUAAAAAUUCCUAGCUGAUAUUCCUUAUUUUCCACUGCUGUGUAAAGAUCAUCUAACAUUUUUACAAUUGCAUCAUUAGUGCUUUUAUUUUUCCUGAAUCCAAAUUGGCAGGGGUUGAGUAUGU